GUCCAGCAUCCUUUCAAAGAAGAAGGAGCCCAGCUAUAGCUUUUGUCUCCACAAACACUACUGCAAGGCAGCCAAGAGCAGGAACAAGAUCCAUUGUGACUGUGGUGAAAAUAGCAAUGAGCCGCUGGCAUGGCAGUGGGACCAGGUGCGGGCGCCAGCUUCGGCUCGCUUCCUGCCGACGCACGUGGCCUGCCACGAGACGCUCUCCACGGGUACGGCUGUGCUGCUGGGCGACACCAUUCUCGAGCCCGGCGGACACCACUUCUUCGAGGUCAAGCUGCUGACCGACCUGUACGGCACGGACACGAUGGUGGGUCUGGUGACGGACCAGUUUGAUCCGGACUCGGCCAACCAGCGAUUCGUGAGCCUCCUGGGCGCCGAUUCCCACUCGUGGGGCCUCUCCUUCCAUGGUACGAUCCGCCAUGCUGGCCGCUCGCAGCCCUACACCAGCCUCUUCGGCAAGGGCUCCAUCAUCGGCGUCUACGCCAACCUUCGCGCCGGCACCGUCGAGUUCUUCCUCAACCGACGCUCGCUGGGGGUGGCGUUCUCGGGCCUGAGCCGACCGGGCGACGGCGGCGGCCUGCUGCCGGCGUUCUGCACCACGGCGGCCAACACGUGCGUGCGCCUGGUGACGGCGCUGUCCGUGGCCGACUCGCUGCAGUUCCAGGCGACGGCCGUCAUCAGUCGCAGCCUGCCGCACUGGUCGCUGGCGCUGCCAGCGCCGAUCUGCCGUCUGAUCCGACGCUUCCCGUGGCUGGACUACGUGGGU